AAGGGUCAUGUGAGAAGCACAAGUUGUCAUUUCAGUUCCAAAAGCUCUACGGUUUUUUCCCGCACGCUACGUUUUGUCAUAGUCGGUCCUCGCGAAGAAGACACAGCUAGCUCGCUUUUGCACUCGCUCGGAUCACGCCCACCUGCCGCAGUUCGUUCUCGGCCGCGGGCCAAGACUUUCUUCUAUACUGCAGUGCCUGUAAGUUGGAAAGGCCGCCAUGUUCUCGUGGCUGCGGGGGAACGAGAAGACCCGACAAGUGGAGGUCUAUCAGAACGUCAUAGACGGGCUCAAGAAGAUUUACAAAAAGAAGCUUCGCCCGCUGGAAGAGACCUACAAAUACGGCGAGUUCCAUUCGCCGUACAUGACGGACGGAGACUUCGAGGCCAAGCCCAUGGUCCUUCUCAUAGGGCAGUACUCCACGGGAAAAACCACAUUCAUCCGCUAUCUCCUGGAAAAAGACUUUCCGGGCAUGCGAAUCGGUCCCGAGCCGACCACCGACCGCUUCAUGGCGAUAAUGCACGGCCCGCACGAGCAGACAACGCCGGGCAACGCCCUAGCCGUCGACCCCAAGCUGCAAUUCAAGGCCCUCCAGCACUUUGGGAAUGCUUUUCUCAGCAGGCUGGAGGCUUCCUACCUCCCUAACCCAGUCUUGGAGAGCUUGACACUCAUCGACACUCCGGGCAUACUCUCGGGUGAGAAACAGCGACUGCACCGAGGCUACGACUUCGAGGGUGUCAUCUCCUGGUUCGCCGACCGAGCGGACAUGAUCAUCCUCCUCUUCGACGCAAACAAACUCGACAUUUCGGACGAGUUCCGUCGCGUCAUCGACGUCAUGAAGAAGAACCAGCAAAAGAUUAGAAUCGUCCUCAACAAAGCAGACACGACCACCAUUCAGCAGCUCAUGCGGGUGUACGGUGCUCUAAUGUGGUCCCUCGGAAAGGUGCUGGGUACGCCGGAGGUCACUCGGGUAUACAUCAGCUCCUUCUGGGACAAACCCUUUCAGAACGACAGCAAUCGGAAGCUCUUCGAGGCAGAGCAAGAAGAUCUCUUUGCCGACAUGCAGUCACUCCCUCGCACAAACGCAGUCCGUCGACUCAACGAGAUGAUCAAGAGAGCACGUCUCGCCAAAGUUCACGCUUACGUCAUCUCCACGCUGCGGGCGGAGAUGCCGUCCCUCUUCGGGAAGAGCUCCAAGAAGGAAGAGCUAAUCGUAAACCUCGCCAACGUUUUCAACUCGAUUCACAAGGUGCGCCAGGUACCCGUGGGGGAUUUCCCCUCCGUGAAGCACAUGCAGGAGAUGCUGCCCGACUACGAUUUCACCCGUUUCCCGAAGCUGAACCAGAGCCUGAUCGACAUAGUGGAUAAGAUGCUUGCCGUGGACAUCUCCCGGAUCAUGAAGAUGCUCCCGAAAGAGGAAUCCGUGAGCAAGGACCACCGGAUAAAGGGAGGGGCGUUUGGGUUCACGGACACCGACCCAUUUUCCGAGCGAAGGGAUCUGUCAAAGGAGUCGACGUUUUCUGCGUACGACGAAGGGUGGAUAGUGGCACCGGACCAGGCCCACUAUGACUCCAUCUUUGCCAAACUCAGCCCUAACCCGGAGGGGAAAAUCGCAGGUCAACUGGCUAGAGCAGAGAUGAUGCGCUCCAAGCUACCCAACUCGGUCCUCCGGAGAGUGUGGAACCUGUCGGACAUCGACCAGGACGGCAUGCUGGACAGGGACGAAUUCGCCGUCGCAAUGUUUCUCAUCGACCACAAGAUUGCCGGGAACGACAUCCCCGAUUCCCUCCCCGACCGUCUCAUCCCUCCGUCGAAAGCCCACCUCCGGAUGAGGUCCCGGGAGGACGAGCGAAGAGAGAGAACAAGUGAUGAUUUCAGCGGUUCGCAAGAUGGCAGCUACUCCCAAGACUCUGGGUAUAGGAGAGAUGCAAGCCAUCGGGGAGGAGGAGGAGGAGGAGGGUAUAGCUUUCAGGGGGGAGGUGAAGGGGGAAGGUACGAAGAGGAUAAGAGUUACGGUGGCCGGCAGUCUUCAUCGCGGGGAAGGCAUACUGAAGACGAUGACUCACAUCUCUCUAGCUUUAUUGACAGAGGACAGUAGAAUACCAUCUUUGCUCUAUAAUACUGCUUCAUUUUUGUAAGAGCAACAAUUCUUGUGUGAAUAAUGGUUUGAUUAUGAGUUGUACGGUACAAUGAGAGACAACGUGUUAUGAUUGUGGGUGGGCUGGUA